AUGAUUUAUUCAAAAUUAGACUUAUUUUCAUCUCAAUUCUAGUUUGGGAUUGGGAGCAAAUAAAAAAAGAAAGGUACUCUCUUUGGGACUAUUUUAUCUUCGGUAGUCGUGAUCACUACUUUCUCAUACUUCAUUUACAUUUUAAAACUAUACAUCAGUAAUGAAAUCGACCCAAAUUUUAAGACUUAAAGCUUCAUUACUGAAGGACAAAUAGAUAUGGAUAUGGAUAAUAACUACGUCGGUUUCUAAUUUAAGUAUGGCAUUCAACCGAACUAAAAUUAGACAUACUUUUAGUACUACGCCUUCUACUAUUUGCAAGAUCAGAGUAACUAUACUAUGAUACCUUUAAAUAUAAUAGACUGCACAAGCCCAAGUCUUGCAGGCUUUCUCUGCUUGGAUUUCUCUAAUAUAACAGAUCAUAAGUUGAGCCUCAAUACUAAAGGAAACUCUGGGUCAUAACUAUACAUUUUCACUUAUAGAUGUAUAGAUACAGACUAAGUAAAGACAACUGUACCUGACAAUUGUGCUAGCGAAACAGACAUCAAUAACAUGAUUAAUAAUAUUAACUCAGGUAUAGAAUUUAAACUUUUUACUUCUUAAUACAACACAACUUCUCAACAGAUUCAAGUUAACUAUAGAAAUGCCUUUAUAAACCCACUUUCAAGUCAACAAGUAUUAACCUACUUAAAGUCACAGAAACAAAUUACUUCUAUUCAGUAAGGAGCAUUUAUUCAAUCAUCUACUUCGUUUUCAUCUCCGAUAUCUCAUAGUUAAUAAUUUUAAACUUUAGAUCGCUUACAAGCUUAACAAGAAGUAGGAAUAGGGGCUUUUAGUUGUGCUUUUAUUUUCCCAGAUGAAAUUGUUCAAUACAUAAAGAUUUAAUACCUCUCUCUUCCUCAAGUGUUAGCGCAAAUUUAUACUAUUUUUACUCUUCUAAUGUUUUUAGGAGUUUUUGGUAGAUCAAUCUCAAAACAGGUUAUGAAUAGCGAAUUGCUAAUGGUCUUUUUUAAGAACUUGUAUCUUGAAAAUUAUUUACAGAUAUUAAAAUCUAACAAUAUAAGUAAUGAGGAGCCUUUGCAAUAAUAACCAACCUAAUAAUUACAGUAAGAAUAAUAAACCAAUUUAAAAAAUGAUGAGUAUAAAAUCGAAGAAAAAAAAGGAGGAGAGAAAGUAUAUGAUGAAAAUUAAGAGUUUGAUGCUAAUUCGCAAGUAAUUGUCCCAUCUUUUAGAAGUAAGUAGAAGUCUUAAUUGGAUUACGAUUUUUCAUAUAAUUUACAAAGCAGCCAAUCAAAUAGCAAUAAUCCAUAAGAACUAGUUAAGAUUUAAGACAGUUUGACCUCGAGCUAAAGCUAAAUAAGAUCAGUUUAAUGCAAGUUUAAUUCAGGCUAACAAAAUCCUAAUAUAUAUAUUAAUAAUCAAGAGUAAAACUUAAAUAUCAUUUUUGAUUCAAUUGUAGAGCCAGAAUCUUGUAAAUCCUAAGUUAGUUAACAAAAUGAGCCUAUUCAAACUGAGAGUUAAAAGUUAUUCUUAAGUCCUUUAAACAAAAAAGCAAAAUGCUAUUUCAAAAAAGUUGAUCUUUAACAUAAAGACUAAAGUGAAAACAAAAAAGAAGAAGAAAAUAAUUAAAAAAACUACAAAAACUAAAUAUUGACCAUUCAUAGCACUUAAUUUAGUAAUAAAGUCAAACCUUUAAUUUCUAAUUUGAAUCUACCUUGUAGAAAAAAGCUUCAAAAAACGAUUAAUGGAUUGAAACCAGAAGAACGAAACCAAAUUGAAGAGUAAAUUGAAAAUGAUAUGGAUAUUUUGAAUUUUUAUUAAGAUUUGCUCUUUUUGAAGAAAGCAAUUAUGCUGCUGCUAACAGAAGAUUAGCUAGCGUCAUUACAGUUGGUUGGAUGCUCAAAAUAAUUCUUACAAUUUGAUUUUAAAAAUCAAGAUGUUGGCUGGAAUAAUUCUGAAAAAUUAAAAAGCUUGACUCCAUUUGAAGUAUAGUUUGCGAUAUAUUAGUCUAAAAUUCUGCAAUAGAAUUACUGUAAUAAGUUCAUUUAAAGAUGCGCUAACAACAAACAAUUAGGUGUAUUAGACAAAAAAAUAUUACUAUCUAUAUAAAAAACUAUGAAUUGUUGA